GAUCAGGCGAUAAAGUUCCCUGGCAGUCCAGCCUGACUACUCGAUCUCAUGGUGGCAAAACUGAGAAAUCGUUAUAUUGAGAAUUACGUUUCUCAGACAUCGAAAUCUCAAGAGAAAUUCAAGAACUUGACAGUCCGCCAGACAGGGUAGGUCUCCAUCGUGAGCACGAGCGCGCUGUUGGCACAGAUGCAUUCAUUUCAUUGGUGGAGUCGAAUUCCGGAGUCAGGUCCGCCCUCAAUGAUGUGCUGCUAUCUUUCUCUAUCCAGCCACGCCAACCCUACGCCAAACUCCGAAUCCACCCACAUAAUCAAUGGCGCCGACUCGUCCUUUAAAGCCGCUCCUGCCUCUUCCCGCUGGGAUGUCGGCUGCUGCAGCAUCUUCAUCUUCCACUACUACCAGAACGACGACGCCGUCAAAUACAGCAGUUAGAGCCAGGCGUGGACAUAUCACCCACAGCGCCUGCAGAAACUGUUCCGAGAAGAAGUCAAAGUGCGAUGGCGCUCGUCCCAUAUGUGGCAAUUGCGAGUCGAAGAACGCCACCUGUGUAUACGAAGUAGCACAAGGACAGACCAGGACAACAGCUCUGAGAGAGCAAGUGAGGGAGUUAGAGGAGAAGGGACGUGAUUUGGAGGAGAAAGUGCAAGGUCUCGAAGAACACCUCAAUGGCAUCUUGUCUACCCCUAAUAACGAGGCGAUUGCGUAUUUGGAAGCCCUCACAACCAAAUUAAGCGCCAGUAAUUCCCAUACACACACGCAAAGGACCAGUUCCUCGCUGGAACAAGUCAGCACGAGAAAUGUAACUACCGACGUCUCACAAGGCCGACAUGUACGCCUGUGUUCCAGCAUCUGGGCCACAUUACCAGAAUCGCGCACCAUUACCGACUGUGCCAUGGUGUUUUGUCGGACCAUCACUGCUCUGGAAAGAUACGGAGCGACAAUACAGCACGUCGAAGGCCUUUGCUCGCAACUUGUGGACGGGCUCACUGAGCCUCAUCUUCUUGGGGAGAUCUGUGCAUUUGCGGCUGUUGGGGCCAGAUAUUCAGGAAACCUGGUGUAUCAAGCAAUUGCGGAUGACUUGUAUGGUGUAUCGAAUGUCCUAUUUACGGGGCUCGCAGAUCAGCAGCCGGAGACAGCACUUCGUAUGAGUGUCCUUUUAGCUGUAUUCGCCGUUCCCGACAGACGCAAGGCUGCCAUGGGUUUCGUAGAAUUCGGCAUAAGCCUGGCACGUGGCAACGAGUUCGCAACUCGAUCGGACAUUCGCAAAGCCUAUAAUACACUAUUAUAUAUUAAAAACUGGCUAGCGAUAGCGCUAGAACUUCCGAACGCAGACAAGAUCCCUCUGAGAGAUGAGCAGGAGCAGCCAGCCAUUAUUAUGCAAAGACGCACAGUAGACGAUAUUGUUCAGCUUGAGGUUGCCAAGUUGUCUGCAAUCACGACUCAUAUACAAAAGUGUUUAUACGCCGAUCUACCACACCUCGUAGUCAGCUAUAGGAAUAGCCUAGCAGAGUGGUACGAUCAUCUGGCGAAGACAUAUGGCCCUAAAUUUAGCCUUGCUCGAACACUUGAAGUUGAUGAGUCUGAGGCUGGCAUCCUAUACCUUCACUUAGUCUUCUUUGGUGGACAGUUACUGCUAUAUCGUCGCUUGAUGCUCUUUGGCUUAGAUUACGAGCCAAUCGAUGAGAGAACCUUCGGCCUGAUCCCAAAGGAUAUCUACCACGAAGGCGCAUUCACCGCACAGCAAGUGGUCAGUAAACUCGAGCAGUUGUACCAGUGUAAUUCUCUCUACUAUGGCCGAACAUGGCUCUGCAUAUUCACCGCGUACACGUCCUGUGCAACCCUUGUCUGCGGCGCAGUCUUCCAAAUCCUCAACGGCGGCAUCGACGACCCCGAUACCAAGUCCGACCUUAUGGGCAUUCUAGCCCACGCCGAAUCCGCCCUUCGCAUCCUACACACUGCACCACAGACAGACGCACUUCUGAUGUGCUUUCACUCCACGUUGGCGCCAUAUGUUGCGCUGGUUCAAAGCGUCCUGCACUACAACGACCACGUGAACACCAUCGGUUUCCCGGGUCCGGUUGUCCCCUUCCCGGUCGUUCCUCUGCUGGACUGGGACAGCGAGGUGAAGAUUGCGGAAGCGCAUGUGGCGCGGUUUGGACCGCCGAUGUUGGCAUUUUCGGCCACCUAGAAUAGAAAUGAAAGAGAUUACCAUUGGUCGGCAAUACGCAGAAAUGUGUAGACUCAAUAACGUGAAGAUCAUUCUACCGCUCAGGUCGCACGGAAAUCAGGUCCUGACGUGAGGUAUGAGUGGUUAGUAUGUGCAUUGUAUGCCUAGGUAGGAGUCGAUGACUAGACUGUGAUGGUUUGGUCUGUUGGCUACUGAAAAAAAUGGCAUACAAGGUUGUGUGCAUGAAGCAGCCACGCUCGGAUUAUUGAGUGUAUUGAUGGAUACAG